ACUUUGCCCACAAGCAGUACGCUCUGAAGUAUGAACACGCAUUUUACAGCCAAAGAGAAGCGAAGUUGAUGCUGAAAUAAACUUGGUGUCGUAAUUUUGAUGGUCUGAAGUUAUUUGCAUUAUCUGACGUAAAAAGUUGUAAAGUUUUUUUUUCCGAUAUUGUUUUCAUCCAACUGAUGGAAACAUAAACAAAAGUGAAUUACAUUUGGUCAAACGACAGCGAAUGAAAUUUUUGCAGAAAAAUAAAUUCCAUUCGCUGGCUAUUGACAGCAGCUGAAAAAAAAAAUUUGUGUUACUUUUUGGUGAAUGCAAGCCAAACAAAAUUGUGUGGUUUUUUUUGUUCGAGUUCGCGCUACGAGUGAGAGUUGAUUGUUGAUCCUUAGUUGGCGCUCAUAUAUACAGGCGAAAAAUGUCAGCAGCAACGAAACGGCUGGUGAAAAUAAUGGCCCGACAGGGUAAUGGUGACAUCGAUGACGGCGAUCAGACAUCAUCCGAUCAACAUGAAUACAUUACGACAGUCGAUGAAUCCACCGACGAUGAUGGAUCAAUUGCGUAUAUUACGGAAAAUUAUGAAAUGACCGAUAAUACCAAUGAUGAUGAUGACGCAUUUUUCGUGGAAUAUGUGACGGAAGAAGAAGAAAAUCCCAUCACCGGAGAAAAUAAUGAAACCGAAUUCGAAGCAAAUCAAUAUGCAGAGUACGCCGAAGAUGAUGAAAUGACCGACGAAUUGUACAAUUGCAAUUUGUGCGGAAUGAAUUUCAAAUCGAUCACCGAACACGUUGAGAAAUACCAUUCAGGGCAGGAUGUUUUGAUCGAUAUUUCGGAGGAGAGUGGAUCGGCGAUCAAAGCCGAACAAGAUGAUGAUCCACUCGAUAUUCAGGAGAAUGAAGAUGAAGGCGGCAGCUUGAUUACCGGUUCCGAUAAUGACGGUGAAUUUGUCGUUUUCGGCGACGAAUCGAUCGAUAAUGAUACUGAACUCUUGGAAGAACUCAGCGAAGAGGAUGAUCAGGAAGUGUACACAUAUGACGGUACAACGGGAUCACUUACCAGAGCAAUUAAUAUGAAAGGCGGAAAACGACUCAAAGUCACUGCGAAUAAAACAAAUAAGGAAACGUACAGCUGUCAACGUUGCGAUGCAGUAUUUGGAUCGCUGAAAGCACUGUGCAGUCACAAGCUGUCAAUGCAUGAAAAGGAGAUUACGGGAACGAAUAAGCCCACACGAAGACUAGUUAAGGCAGCAAUUAGAGUGAAGGAUAACGACACAGCUAAAGGAUCUGAUCAUGUCUGUGAAACGUGUAACACCACAUUUUAUUCGGCAAAAAGUCUAAAAUUACACGCUCGAAUGCAUUUGCCAGUGAAAUCAAAAACAAUCGACGAGGCCACCGAACAAGAAACGGACAAUUCAACUGGUGGCGACCAGGAUCACAGGAGAGAGAAAUUCUAUUGUGCCAUUUGUGGCAAAUCUUACGACAAAAAUUUCGAACAAGUUCACGUGCAAAUGCACAACGGCGAAGAGAAAUUCAACUGCAGCAUUUGCAACAAAGUGUUUCCGAACGAGGAGAGCAUCCAAAUGCACAUGAAUGCCCAUCAAGAUACUCGUGUUAUCAGAACCAAAGCCGAAAUGAGCAAUAUCAAAUUGCCGUAUGGAUGCCAGUAUUGUGGGAAGGAAUUUGCUCGACCACACGAAAAAGUGAAACAUGAACGAGUUCAUACCGGUGAAAAGCCGUACGAGUGUGAAUUAUGCGGAAAAUGUUUCAGAGUCUCAUAUUGUCUGACCAUUCACAUGCGAACACAUACAGAUGCUCGACCAUAUGUAUGUCCGCAAUGCAACAAGAGAUUCAAAGCGCAGUCAGUGUACAAUCACCAUUUGUUAACGCAUUCAGAUGAACGCAACUACAAGUGUCCGUAUUGCCCGAAAACAUUCAAAACCUCGGUACAAUUGUCUGGGCACAAGAACAGCCACACGAAACCAUUUACCUGUACAGAAUGCAAUCGUCCAUUCGGAUCGCUCUAUGCCGUUCGAGCCCAUAUGGAGAGUCAUAAGCGACCAAACCAUAAUUUGAAACACAUUUGUGAUAUUUGCGGAGCAAAAUACGCACGCCGUUUUGCACUCAACGAUCACAUUAAGGAGCAGCACAAAGAUGUUCAACUGGUUAUUGUUGACUCAAAUAGUGGCAAAAAGUCGCAGGCGAAGCGAACAAAAAAGGUGAAACAAAUCGAAAUACUGGAAGAUGAUGAUGAACGAGAAUUAGAAGCAGCAGGUCAAUCAAUUUUACCGAAUAUGGUCGAACAAGAGAUAACAAUCAGCGAAAUUGAGCAUUUCGACAACGAGGAAGAAGUGGUUGAAAUGGACGAUUGGCUAAAAUAAGACGCCCAGAAUGUACCAACUAGGCAUUUGAAUUUAAUUGAAAUAAGUCUCAUAGAAUAGUGUUUUUUUUUUGCUCUAAAGUUUUGUAAAUGGAAAAUCAAAACAACAAUUGUCAAUACGUGUACAGUUUUAAAACUGUAAUAUUUUUUUAAGCGAGUACAAAAACAAAAUUUCAAAUCGAAGAUAGAAAAAAAUGAUGAAAAUAAAAAGAAAAAGAAUGCAGACAGAAUAUGAAAGCCGAAAA